AUGAGAUACCCUCUCAAGGACAAAGCAGACCAUUUUAGAAGACCUUUCGGGAUGGAACCGACCACGGCAAAUAUCCCACUUAUCGACAUCUCUGCUCUAGAUGCCGAUCAAAAAGAAAUAGCUCGACAGCUCGUUGAUGCUGCCGAGGAGCAUGGCUUCAUUUACAUCCGAAAUUUGGGCCGUGAUAUUGAAGCGAAAAGCAUCGAUGGGGCAUUUGAUCUUGUCAAAAAGACAUUUGAAUGCCCUGUAGAUGAGAAGCAGAGAUGCACAAUCCAAACCAACAACCGUGGUUGGUCGGGCAUGCACUCUGAGACCUUGGAUCCAAAGAACCAAAAGGUUGGAGACUUUAAAGAGGCCUUCAACUUUGGUGGAUUCGCAGAUGGAAAAGCUCAACAGCCUCUUCCGUCUGAUCUAGUUCCUGACGAACCUCAGAUAAGUGCUUUUGCUGAUUCAUGUCAUGAACUUUGUCAAAAGCUCCUCUAUCUGCUUGGCCUGGGUCUUGGUGUCGAUGAUUUCUUCUCGUCGGCGCACAACACAGCCAAGGGAGCCUCGAGCUCAAUCCUCCGCUUUCUUCGUUAUCCGCCUCCCGAGUCUACUGCUCACUCCAAGGACGAUGUCCGCGCCGGUUCUCAUUCCGAUUAUGGCAGUGUCACUCUUCUUUUCCGUCUCAAGGGCCAAGCAGGACUUGAGGUUCUGCAGAAAAACAACGUCUGGGCGCCUGUUCCUGUGUGCCCAGCUGGCACUGAAGACGACCCUAGUCCACCGAUCCUGAUUAACAUCGGUGACCUCUUGUCAUACUGGACUAACGGUCUGUUCCGCAGCACUCUGCAUAGAGUUGUGUUCCCAACAGAGGGGAGUGGUGAAGUGGAAGGGGAGACGAGCACUGGUCCACGAUAUUCCAUCGCUUACUUCUGCCAUCCUGUUGGAACGGUAGCCCUUGAGCCUGUGCCUAGUGAAAGGGUCAAGAACUUUGUGCCUGCAGAAGGGGCAGCUAGCGAGAACCCGUAUGCUACGAGUAAGGUCAUGACGGCGGACGAGCACUUGUUCAUGAGGCUCAAGGAGAGUUACGGCGAUCUCUACGACAAAAAGUCAUAG